AGAGAACUCGGUGGUGGAAUCAAAUAAUAGUCUUCACUUGUGCAAUUGGAAACCAAUACAAAGGAGACGGAGUUACAUAACACAUGCAGCAGAAUCACUGAAGAUGCUAUCCAAACUCUUAUACUUUUUGCUUACAUGUUUGAGGAAGGAGGAAAAAUAUGCUUUGGAUAAUGGAAGCAAAUUAUUAGAGGAUCUUAUUGCAUCUUGUGAUGGAAAAUCUAAUCCCAUUCGCCAUUACUCUGCUGAUGAACUCAUCCGGGCAACCAAUAACUUCCAUCCCUCCUGCCUUAUACAAGGGUUUCGUCCACACGCAUUUAGGGGUUCUCUAGACAGCAGAUUGGUUAUCAUUAAGACCAUGGAGGCAGCUGAUGAAGCUAGAGAUGAAGCAAUCCGUAACAUUGUAAUUUCAGUGCAGAUGAGCACUCAUAAGAAUGUUUUGAAAUUGUUGGGUUGCUGUUUAGAAUUCCCACUACCAGUUCUAGUGCAUGAAUAUGCAACUCAAGGAGUUCUUAACAUGAAAGGAGGUUUGGGGGAUGAUGAAGCUCUACCAUGGAAAACUAGAAUACGAAUCGCAAAGCAGGUUGCUAAUGCUAUUACAUAUCUGCAUACAGCCUUCCCUAGACCCAUCAUUCAUAGGGAUCUUAGAACUGACUGUAUUCUCUUGGAUGAGGACUUUGUUCCCAAAUUAUGUGAUUUCUCAUGGAGUGUAACGAUUCCGCCUGAGCAAUCACAUGUCAAAGAUAUAGUAAAAGGCACAGUAGGGUAUCUUGACCCUGUGUAUGUUAAGUCUGCCAGCAUUUCAGAAAAAACUGAUGUUUAUAGCUUUGGUGUUAUUUUACUUGUUUUCUUGACGGGACAAAAACCCUUCAAACAAAAUCAGAGGGGAUCCUAUGAAUAUGAGGACUUCAUUCCAUAUUUGAAAUUACAACUAGCAUGUGAGGAUCAAAUCCAGGCAAUUGUGGAUCCCAAAAUCCUUGAGAAGUUAAGAGAAGGUGAUGAGGAAGCACAACAGCAGUUGCAUGAAUUCUUGUCACUGGCAUUGUCAUGUACCCAACUGGAAAUUGAAGCACGGCCAGAUAUGAUCGAUGUGGCAAAAGAACUUGUACGAAUUGAAAAACUCUCUUCUCAUUCUAGCUUAGCUUAAUCUGUUACAUUUUUCUUAUCAGUGAGUAACGAAAAUUUGAUUUAGCAGUUAGUAGCUUUAAGAAGUUUGUAUUUACAAGCUCUGAUCUAUAUAUAAGAUAGAUUUUUAGAAGAAAUAUGCUUCAAGUUGCAUUCUUCAGUGUAUUGAAGCUAGUCCUGAGUUCCUGACUCCAAAUAGGAUCAAUAUUUUAUGAAGGUCUUCUUUCUUGAGAAAGGA